UUUCUUUGGGAUACAGUCUUAAUACAUAGCCUCUCAGAGAAGUAUCACUGAUGGCCUCCCAGGGAGGUCCACUGGGGAGGCCCUGGCAAUGCCAGCCACCCUCCCCUCUCCCCUCAGGCCAGUGUAGCAAGGCAGUCUCCAGGCCAGGUCAGGCUAAGGCUUGGUUUGGAACGCUUACCAGGUGGCUUCUUUUAACUUCUGAAGGCCAGGUUCAGAUCAGAUCAACCACCUACCACUGUUAGCAGCCUGAGUGAGUUAUUUACCUCUUCUGUGCUUUUGUUCUCAGCUAUAAAAGCAGAACAAUAGUCUGCAAGCUAUUGAAAUGGGGUGGAAGCUGGCCGGCCUAUAAAGCACUUGGCAGGGAGCCUGGCUGGUGAACACUCACUGACUGAAGAACCUGGAGCUCACUGCUGUGGAAGGAUCUGACGUCCAUGUGAAGAUGCUGGCAGCCCCUAUCAAUCCAUCUGACAUAAAUAUGAUCCAAGGGAACUAUGGCCUCCUUCCCAAGCUGCCUGCUGUUGGAGGGAAUGAAGGUGUUGGACAGGUGAUAGCAGUGGGCAGCAGUGUGUCUGGAUUGAAGCCAGGAGAUUGGGUGAUCCCAGCAAAUGCUGGUUUGGGAACCUGGCGGACUGAGGCGGUGUUCAGUGAGGAAGCGCUGAUUGGAGUCCCUAAGGACAUCCCUCUCCAGAGUGCUGCCACCCUUGGUGUCAACCCCUGCACAGCCUACAGGAUGUUGGUGGACUUUGAACAGCUACAACCAGGGGACUCUGUCAUCCAGAAUGCGUCCAACAGUGGAGUAGGGCAAGCAGUCAUUCAGAUCGCCUCAGCCCUUGGCCUAAAGACCAUCAACGUGAUCCGAGACAGACCCGACAUCAAGAAGCUAACUGACAGACUGAAGGAUCUAGGAGCUGAUUAUGUCCUCACAGAGGAGGAGCUAAGGAUGCCCGAGACCAAAAACAUCUUCAAGGACCUGCCGCUGCCCCGACUGGCUCUCAACUGUGUCGGAGGGAAGAGUUCCACAGAGCUGCUCCGGCACCUAGCGCCCGGAGGAACCAUGGUGACCUAUGGAGGAAUGGCCAAGCAGCCUGUAACAGCCUCUGUGAGUAUGCUCAUUUUUAAGGACCUCAAACUUCGUGGCUUUUGGUUGUCCCAGUGGAAGAAGAACCAUAGUCCAGAUGAGUUCAAGGGGCUGAUUCUCAUUCUCUGCAACCUCAUCCGCCAAGGCCAGCUCACAGCCCCUGCCUGGUCCGGGGUGCCACUGCAGGACUACCAGCAGGCUUUGGAAGCCUCCAUGAAACCUUUUGUGUCUUCGAAGCAGAUUCUCACUAUGUGAUUACUCCAGAGGACCAGGAGGAAAGCAGGAGAGGCAGGCCAGCAAGAUUGGCUGGCUGCUGGCCCUCCAUGAGGACUCCAGACUGCCUUACCCUCACUGCCUCUUCCUACCAGGAGGGUGGGAGGCCAACCCCAGGGUCCCUAAUAAACCCUGGACUUCCCAAGUAGAGGAUAAAGAGUACAGUCAUGCCUGUGGAGGAAUGAUGUGCACCUGCUCUGCCUCUCUACCUGGUGCCCAGUCACUGCCUGACCACCCUGAAAGCAGAGGCUAUGAGACUGCUGCUAAGUGCAGAAGUCACUCUCUGCCCUUAGCAUCGCUGAGUCUGGCAGAAAGGGAAAGGUGGCUAACCUCUCCUGGAGUGUGGGGCUCUGUCCAGGGCAAGGGGAUCUGCUGCCUGGGUGAGUACAGGCUGAGAUCAUUAACACUUCAGAGAACACAGGAUAGCAGGUGUCUAGGCCACCUUCUGGGAAUGACACUUGUAACUAGGAGAAUAAACAUCACACCUGUGGUUCUCA